AGUAAGAUAGCAAUUAAAUUUAUAUUCCUCUGGCAUUCAAAGACGAUGUUAACUGUAUUAUUGUUACAAAUUGUUAAUUGUUACAAAAUACUGUAAUUUCAACAGGUACAUAAUUUUAAUCUAUAUAGAUGCUUCAAGUGGGAAUUAGUAUGGCAUUUUCACAUAUCAUAUUAAACAGAUUAAUAAUUAUCAUAAUAAUUUUACUACCUACAGCAAAAUUUACGAAAAAUGACACUGAACUUAAUUACAAUGUUUUGAAUGGCAAUUUUAAACCACUGCAUUAUGGUGUCAAAAUAGAAUAUGACGUAUACAGAAAUGUCUUUCUUGGAGAGUGCAAUAUCACCAUCCAGAUUAAUCGCCCAACGGAAAAUAUAACUAUAAACACAAACACUAUCUCCAUAAAGCAAAUUAAUCUGUUUGACGACAAUGAUAAUGAGAUGUUCAGCAUCCAAAUGUUUUCAUUUGGAAUCAAUGAAUUUAAAGAAAUGUACAUUUAUCUUGAUUUUAUCCAGUUAUCAGGGGAUGUUUUAUAUCCUGAUACAUAUAUCUUAAAAUUCAUAUAUAGCGGUAUGAUAUUAGAUGACGAAAAAGACGCAGACAAAGAAAAGGAUAAAAUGUUAAACAAGAAAGGCAUUAAAGUAAUAAAAGCAGUUGAAUUAUUUCCAUGUUGGAACAAGGCAAUAUUUAAAACAACCUUUAACAUUUCUAUCAAGCAUCAUAAAGACUAUAAGUUUUUAUCGAGUAUGCCGAUACGAAUACAAGUUGAAAACUUGGAUAACACUCUGUGGACUCACUUUGACACAUCACCUUUAAUGUCUGCUAAACAUUUAACAAUUGUGAAAUCCACAUUCACUAAUUACUUCGCUUAUAUUAGAAAUGUCAAAUUUUGGUAUAGAAAAGAAAUGAUCGACCAGAUGCGAUUCGCAGAAAACAUUGUCCGAGUAGUUAUAUACUAUUUGAAACUAAAAAGUAAAGCAAUAAUACCAAAAAUAGAUUACUUUGUAAUUGAAAACUUUCAACAUAGUAACGAAAAGACGCGAGGAUUCAUUCUAUUAAGGGAAGAAGAUAUUAUUUAUAAUUAUACAUUACAUUCCGUUCGCAAAAUGGAAGUGGCAAACUUAAUGGCACGUGAAACGAUAUCUUAUUGGUAUGAUGACGUGCCUUUGUGGUCAAAAGAAGGAUUUAUUACGUUUCUUGCAGCACAUAUUCUGAAGACUCAGUCAUAUUCCAUGAUGGACUUAUUUUACGUCCAAGAACAACAGGAAUCUUUACGUUUCGAUACUCUUCCUACAGAUUCUCUGCCAUCUAGAACAUCUCUUCAUUAUAUCAAAUCAUCUAUUAUAUGGCGCAUGUUAUAUCAUAUAAUAUCUGACAUGAAGUUUUGGACUAGUCUCAACAUGUAUAAAAACAUACAGUAUAAUCAGACAAACGCGACAGAUACAAAGAAUUUAUCUACUAUCGUAUCAUUUUGGAACGCUGUGGAAAGUGUUCUAGGUUCAACAAGUAAUAUACGUAACUUUAAUAAAGAUGUAAUCGAUAUUUGGUCAAUGCAAGGACAUUAUCCUGUACUGUACGUGACACGAAAUUAUUCUACUAACUUAGUAUCAAUCACAUAUAUUAAUUCUAAACAUAUACUAUUUCCUAAUAUGAAACAAUAUGAAUUAUACGUGGUAUAUACGACGAAAUCACUUAUGAACAUCGAGACACAUCAUUUUUGGCUAUCUACACUAACACCGUACCAUUAUAUAUCGCGCAAUAUUCACAUUAAUGAUUGGAUCAUUCUCAAUUUACAACAAACUGGGUACUAUCGCAUUAAUUAUGAUUUGGAAAACUGGAAAAGACUUGCCUGGUAUUUGUACAAUGAAAAUUAUAACACGAUUCCUGUUCUGAAUCGAGCCCAAAUCAUCGAUGACGCGUUUUACUUUUUGACGCAAAAGCAACUCAAUAUCAACUUGUUUUGGGAUAUUACAAGCUUUCUAUUAAAAGAUACGGACUAUGUAGCAUGGUAUCCUAUGAUUAAAGCUGUUGAAUACAUGACAUGUGUCUGGGAAGUUCAACAUAAUGCCCUUAUAAAAGAGGUAAUUAAAGAAAUGUUCAAUAAACUUCUGCAAAAUAUAGGAUACGAUGACAAAUUUGACGAAAGUGAUUUUACUAAAUGUUUAAGAGAAGAAGCGGUAAAGUGGGCAUGUGUUCUCGGUGAGCCAGAAUGCAGAAAAAUAGCCACUUCGAAAUUAAAAGAAGAUCUUCAAACUUCUGAACAAAACAAACUUUCGAAAUGGAGGGAAUGGAUAUACUGUAAAGGUUUAAUGACAGCAAACCCCCUUACUUGGGACAAAGUGUUGAUUAAAUGGGAGAGAACAUCCGAUGAUGCAUUUUUAGACUACUUAACAUGCUUUACAAAUCCUGAUACUUAUCGAAUUUAUUUGGAUAUAAUAAUAAAUGAGAGAGUUCAUUAUAAUGUAAAAAACAGUAAAACAAGUGCUAAAAACGUUCUUCUAAUUGUUGCAAAACAUGCAAGAAAUGAUGAUGUGCUCAAGUAUAUAUUCGACAAUAUAAGAUUGUUCGAAUUCAGUAUAAACAAGCAAAUUGAUCACAUUGCCAUAUUAAUCGUUAUUAUUACGCACGAACAUUCUGUAGAACAAUUCGAAAAGAUAACUGAAUUUGCAAAAGGUCUCUGUGAAAAGCGACUAAUUGAUGCAGUUAAACAAAAAAUAAAGAAACGAAAAUUGGAAUGUGAAAAACGAGUCACAUACUACGAGCGCAUCGAUAUACCUACCUAUAUAGAAAGAAAGAACUAAGCAAACAAUUGAAUCCAUGAAAGACAAUUGUUUUACUUGCUCCUUUAUAUAUGAAAUAUUUUUGUAAUACUGUUUUUAUUAUUGUAUUAAAUAU